GAAUACGAAGUUUUUUUUUCCUGUUGGCUCGAUUGAUCGGACUAUAAAGACUUAGAAAAUCCUGUCAGUCCUACUAUCGGUGUAAUGGGAUUUUAAAAGUUCGUCUAGUUCGAUCGAUCGAACCACGAGGACGUUUUUUUUCCUGUUGCAUCGACUGAUCGGACGUAACCGUAGACUUACUAUUUCGUGGUAGUAAAAUUCCGCGUCGAAAAGCUAGCCAUACACGGACGGUUUUGCCCGUCGGAUCAGCCCGCCAGAUGUACCGCCAGCGGGCACAUCCGUGCGUGUGUGUCGAGAAAUAUAGAUACGGAUCUGCCCGCCGGGCACCCGUCCGCAGGCAAAUCCGUCGGUGUGUGGUGAGAUAUAGCCACGGAUGUGCCCGAUCCGACGGGCAAAACCGUUCGUGUAUGGCUAAUUAAAGUGAGAAAACACUUUUGAGAUGUUGGUAGAUUACAAAAGUAACCAUGAAAGUACCGGUCGGACAAACAGGAAAAAUAAAAAUUGUGUGAUCGGAUUAAGAGGAUUUUUCAAGGUCUCGUGGUUCGAUCGAUCGAACUAGACGAACUUUUAAAAUCCCAUUACACCGAUAGUAGGACUGACAGGAUUUUCUAAGUCUUUAUAGUCCGAUCAAUCGAGCCAACAGGAAAAAAAAACUUCGUAUUCCGAUUGAUCGGACUAGUCGAUCGGACCACGCGACCUAAGGGCGAAUUACGUGUGUUUCACUCGCCGUCCUUCUAAAGUAUUUCCCAGUAUAUACCCAGUAUUUUUUUUUUCAUUGACAAAUAAUACAUUAUAUUAUUUCGUUAUUGUAGAUGCUCACUCGAAAUGGAUCGAAGCGUUUCGCGUCCCGGGCACCUCCGCCAAAUCCAGAGAUGUGACUUAUUUGAAAUACUUGUAUUUAAAAUGCAAAUACAAAAUGCAAAAUACCUAUUUUGUAUUUAAAUACCUUUUAAAGAAAACUAUUUUGUAUUUUAUUUCAAAUACUUUUUGGGACCUAUUUUCAAAAUACAAAAUACUUUUUAUUAGGUAAAGUCAGUAGGAGUUAAGGUGGGUUCCCACGACCCGUGUUAUUACAGGCCAGGCCGGAUCGCGCCACGUCUGUGGAUGCCUGUGCGGCUGAUUGCGUCUCGCGCCGAGCCAUUCCAACGGCGCGAGUCGGCCUGUACCCGCCUGUCGUUAACGCCAGUCCAACAUGUGUGAUGAUACGGAGCGUAUGGCUGCGUGUGCAGCCGCUGUGGUUUUAUUCAGUGGUCAACUUUUGAUAAACCAAGCAAAAAGAAAGCAGAAGAAACGACGCUGGUGGGUGUCGUCAUUCAACAAGAGCCGAUCAAGAUAUAAUGCAACUGAUAUGCUGAGUGAUUUUGUACGGGAACCUAGCAAAACAUUUGAAAAUUUCUGCAGAAUGUCUCAAGAUGAUUUCACAUUCCUUCUAAAUAAGAUUGGUCCUCAUAUCUCAAAGAUUGAUACGAACAUGAGACAGUGUAUACCGACUCAAGCCCGAUUUGCUAUUGCACUCAGAUUUCUGGCUACUGGAGAUAGUUACAAAAGCCUCUCAUACUUAUUUAAGGUUUCAAUACAAACAGUCUCAAGAUGCGUUGACGACGUCUGCAAAGCCAUAAUGCAAGAAUUAAGGGAAGAAAUAAAACUGCCACGGUCAUCACACGAAUGGUUGGAGAUUGCAGAAGAAUUUAAUGGCAAGUGGAACUUCCCUCAUUGUAUAGGGGCACUAGAUGGAAAGCAUUGCGUGAUGCAAAGUCCUAUUCACAGUGGAUCAGAAUAUAUCAACUAUAAAGGAACAUUCAGCAUUGUACUUUUAGCUUUGGUUGACGCUGACUACAACUUUAUUUUUGUGGAUUGUGGUUGCCAGGGAAGAAUAAGCGACGGUGGUGUGUACAGAAACACGGAGUUCUACAAAAAACUAUGUCGUUCUGAACUGGAUAUACCACAGCCGGAUUUUUUACCAUCAAAAGAAGAAAAGAUGCCCUACGUUUUCGUAGCUGAUAGUGCAUUUGCCCUAACUGUUAACAUGAUGAAGCCAUAUGCUGGGAAUCAUAACAAAGGAACAAAAGAAAGAGUCUUCAACUAUCGCUUGUCAAGAGCUCGACGAAUAGUCGAAAACGCUUUCGGAAUCAUGUCUUCUGUUUUCAGAGUACUAAGGAAACCUAUUCUCUUACAACCCGACAAGGUAACGGACAUAGUUAUGACUUGUGUCUUAUUACACAACUUUCUAAGGAGAUCUAAAAAAUCAAGGCAAAUAUACACACCAGUGGGCAUCUGACACUGAUCAUGAAGGGGUUAUUCAACCCGGCUCUUGGCGAAAUGACCAAGAAGGAAUGAGUUCCCUACUACCACUGAGAUCUUUACCAAGAAGAGCUGCUGUUACUGCCAAGAGCGUAAGAGAUAAAUUUGCUGAAUACUUUGUAACUAAUGGCGCAGUUUCGUGGCAGAAUAACUAUUCAUAGGUUAACCAAGGCAUACGGGAAUCGGCCUUUGUACAGUCAGCCACAGGUCAACCUACCCAUUUCCGGUCGUCCUGUCAUGUAAAAAAGGGUCACCUAGUUAAUUACAAAUACCUUGGAGAGUAUGUACUCAGCUUAUGUAAGCUAGCUCUUUGAAUUAAAAAGUAUCUGAGAACUAUCUCAAGUAGUUAAAUUUUCUUUCACAUACUCUUUAAUUAAAAGAGCUAGCUUACAUAAGCUGAGUACAUACUCUCCAAGGUAUUUGUAGUUAACUAGGUGACCCUUUUUUAUUCUUAUAAAAUAUAAAGAAUAAAUACGUAAUAAGUAAUAAAUUCAUAAUUAUAUAAGUGUAAUGGGAAGAUUAGACACAAAUAAAAGUUACUCACCA